GCCGUCGUGCGCGUGCGCGACCGCCUCGCCAAGCUCGCGGGCGGCGGCGGCGGGCUGCAGCGCCUGCUCGGCAGCCGCAGCGCCGACGGGCCGCUCGGCGACGGCGGCGCCGCCGCAGAGCCCCCCGCGCGCACCGAGCUGGGCGCGCGGGCCGCGGCCGCCGGUCCGCCCGCUGGGGGCGCCGCGCAGGACGAGCAGCUCCGCUGGGAGCUGGGCCGGCGGCGCUGGCGCCCACGCGUGCUGUGGGGCAGCCUCGCCCUCUGGGCGGCCCUAGCGCCCGCCUUCAGGCGCCACCUGGGGGCCUACACCGCGGCGUGCUGUGCCGCGGUGGGCGCGGCCUGGUUGGCGGAGAGGCUGUACACGAGGCGCUGGCGCGCCCGCUGCGCCGCGGCCGUGUGCGUCUACGCGGUGGCGCCGCCGCCGCAGACCACCGCGCACCUGCUGCCCCUGGACGGCCAGUCGCCUUGA